UUACACGUACAGGAGGCUUUUGCGUGCAGAGAGGAGACAUCCUAGCUCAUCAAACUACAGAAAUAUUUUAUCUUUAAAAGCGAAGACAACGAUGGCUGGAGACACGCCUGAGGUCCCGUUGCUUGAGCUGGAAUCAGUCAUUGGAUUUAAUGGACAAGUGUUCUCUGGCCUGAUUGCCCACCCUGACCAGGAACACCUCAUUUAUCCUCUGGGAUGUACUGUCAUCAUCAAGAGCCUCAAGAGCAACAAGCAGGAGUUUCUGCAUGGCCACACAAACAAUGUCUCCUGUGUGACUGUAUCUAGAACUGGAAAAUAUGUUGCUUCAGGUCAAGUCACCUUCAUGGGCUUUAAGGCUGAUAUCAUUGUCUGGGAUUACUCCAGGAAGGAAAUGUACACUAGAUUACAGCUCCACAAGGCAAAGGUUGAAGCCCUAGCGUUCUCCCCCAGUGACUUGUAUUUGGUGUCCCUUGGAGGCCAGGAUGAUGGCAGCAUUGUUGUGUGGAACAUCGAGAGCAGAGAGGCAAUCUGUGGCAGCCCUGCCUCUGCCCACAGUGCAGGUCACUGCCUGACAGUCAAGUUCUCCAACCAAAGUGAUUACAUUUUUGUAUCGGCUGGAAAUGGGACACUUCGUGUUUGGGAGUUGGAUCUUCCAAACAGAAAAAUCCGACCUACGGAAUGUCAGACUGGACAGCUGAAGAGAAUAGUAAAGUGCUUAGAAAUUCCGGAGGAUGACAGCUUUUUCUACUGUGGGACAACUACCGGGGAUGUUCUGAAAAUUAAUCUCAAAACCAAACUUCUCAACUACUGUGCACCUUUGAAAGAGAAAUUCAGCAAGGGGGUUAAUACUCUGAAGAUGCUGAAAACUGGCGAUAUGCUCGUGGGGUCAGGAGAUGGCAUGCUGAGCCUUUGCAAAGAGGCAAACUUCAAACCCAUGAAAAAAGUACAGCUAGAAGGUGGUGUGACAUCAAUCACUUUACGAGGCCAGGGGCACCAGUUCUUUGCGGGAGCAGAAUCUUCUCAGAUUUAUCGGUUUAACUACGCUGACUUUAAAGAAGAACUCAUCAGCACAGGCCACAGUCAUGCUGUUAACGAUGUUGCCUUCCCCUUUGGCUCCUCCGAUCUCUUUGCUACUUGCUCAAAGAAUGACAUAAGAGUGUGGCACACCGAGACCUCUAAAGAGCUUUUACGCAUAACUGUGCCUAACAUAACGUGCAGUGCUGUGGAGUUCAUGAGAGAUGGAAGGAGUAUUAUCAGUGCUUGGAAUGAUGGGAAAAUCCGGGUCUUCACCCCAGAAAGUGGCAAAUUGAUGUUUGCUAUUAACAAUGCGCAUAGCAUGGGUGUGACAGCCCUUGCUACAACCAGUGACUGCAAGAGGAUUGUGAGCGGAGGAGGAGAGGGGCAGGUGCGGGUCUGGGAAAUCGGGCAAGGCUUCCACAGGCUGGCCGAAACAAUGAAGGAACACAAGUCCACCAUCUCCUCUAUAAAGAUCAAAAAGAACGACAAGGAGUGUGUCACUGCCAGCUCAGAUGGGACUUGUAUUAUCUGGGACCUGGUCCGAGUUGUGAGGAAUCAAAUGGUGCUGGCGAACACCCUGUUCCGAUGUGUCUGCUACCACCCAGAGGAGUUUCAGAUAAUCACCAGUGGCACAGACAGAAAGAUUGGAUACUGGGAAGUGUUUGAUGGGUCUGCUAUUCGGGAAUUGGAGGGCUCUCUGUCUGGAUCCAUUAAUGGCAUGGACAUCUCAAGUGAUGGCAACCAUUUUGUUACUGGUGGUGAUGACAAACUCGUAAAGGUCUGGGGGUACACUGAAGGAGAGGUGACCCACAUUGGCAUCGGGCACAGUGGCAACAUCACCCGUGUGAAGAUCUGUUCCAACAGCAAGUACAUCAUCACUUCCAGUGCAGACGGCGCAGUGCUCAGGUGGAAGUACCCACACCCAGUCUCAGACUAAAAGACUGGCUGGCGGGCCGACUGGGUGCCAUUCUGCCCAGGAUCACAAGGCAAAUGCUUGUAGGACAGUGACAGUAACCAUGAGGGUUUCCCAGCUACCUGUGCAGUUGUACCCAUUGUAACUUUCAAAACACAAAUUAACUGCAGUAUUUUUUCAGCUAUACAUAGUUGUUAAAUAAAGUGUGAAGAAUAUUUAAAGAGCUGGCAUUAAUUGAUGUGUAACUACAUCACCCCAAUAUCUAACUCAUGACUGCAGGGCAGUCUUUUUCCACACUGCAUUUAUUGAUCCCACUGGGAUGGCAGACAAAUUACAGGAGUCAAAAAGUAAUUUAUGGGUGUUUUGUACUCCUGCAAAACUCUUUGUCAAUUCAUUUGAUUAAAAAAUGGCAAGAAAGCCAAAUGUGUCUAGCGGUUUAAAAAAUAUUAUUAGCUAAGUGCUGAAAUAAUAUUAAUGUUUUAUUAAAUUUAAUUAUUGAAGAUAUAACAGAGAUUUAAGUAGGUAACGAUUCAGUCAAUAUGAACAUAUUUUGGGAAAAUGAUGCAUUUGAGAUUUUUAUGUUUAUGUUUGUGGUUGAAAACAUCUUAUGGAGAAAAGAGACAGCAACUUUGUUCUUAGCACAACAGUACACACUUCGAAAGUGUCGCUCUAGUCGGAUGGUACAGUUGAUUCAAAUGGAGUAAAGUGCUGUGUUUCACAUCCUGUACUUCCAGUGUUAGAAGUCUUCCUUGCAUCAAAUUCAUUUGGUCUGAGAAAAUACAGGCCUAUUUAUUCUGCAGGCCAAAGGAUGUAGUUUAACUGAAUUUUAAUGUAUCAGUGAAUUCAUGUCAAGAGUGGACACCAGGAUUCUGAUAAAAGUGAAUAAAGUCAUAAAAGCAUUACUUUAGUUGUAUGAAUACAUAUACCUAUAGGAAAUGGGAAAUGCUAUUCAAAAUAUAUACCUUACAUCAAGGCAUUGAGCAUACUGAAUUAAAAAUGUAUCCUGCAGUUAGUUAACUUAAGUACUUAAGUGAAAAAUACAGGAAUACAGAUACAAAAAAAAAAGGAUUUCACAGUAAUCCUUAGUGGCAGCUGAAGUAUCGCUCCAUGCAUCCCAAAAAACAGAAAAAAAGGUCCUGUGUUGGGGAGAGUCGGGGUGGGGGUGGAGUUGAGGGGUGAUUACUGGCUGUUUCUGAUUAGGAGAUCAUUUUCAUUCUGGUGUUUCAAAACCUAAAUUAUUGCGUCUGCCCACACACCCUGCCGGUGCAAGGCUGUGUUAAGUUAGCAAAACACCAAGUUUACAUAACAGGGCAUUCAAAGGUCCCCAGUCUGCCCUGAACACUGAGCAGGUCUAGUAUUUACUUGAGUGUGCUGGGUGCUCUAUAGUGUGAAGAAGAGAGCACAUGCGCUGAUUCAUUACUAUCAAUGUGGGGAAAGGUUAAAAUGUCCCACAAAGAUAACUCCUAAAAGACCAGAUUAAUUUCAUUAGCAGUUUCACUUAAAACGUAUAAAAUAUUUUUAUUUUCAUUGCCAUUUACCCUCGCUGAGUAAAUAAUGCUUACUAGCUCUUACCUGACUGCAUUCUGAAUCCUGACAGUAAGGAGCCUCUAAUGUUUUUCCUAACUAGACCUGAAAAAAUAUGGUCCAUUAUCUUUUUCCUCCUUGUUUUGUAUAAUAACAAUUGUUGAUGAGUACAAUCAAUGAAAAAUACAUAUUUAUCUUUGACUGUGCACUGUCCCGAUUUCAAAACAAUUCCCUUCAUCACUAAAUCCCUUUUCUUACUUUACAUGACAAAAGGUUUUUGGAGGUUGUGUCUGUAAUUUAUCAUUAGCUUCUUAUCCUUAGGCUUCUGUUUGUCUUGACUUUCACAAGGAGAUAGUGGCUUAAUCAAAUAAAGAUUAUGGGUUUCUUAUA